AUGUACGAGAAGCAGUUGGUCAAGUAUUUCUAUAAUAUUUCCAGUGCUAAGUCUGGAGUAAAUAUCAACUCGGACCUCGAUUCUUUUCAUAAAGAACACAUUCGUGUCAAGAGAGCCAGCAUUAAAAACUAUCCCGAUGAUACGCCCGAAUUUGACCGCACCAAUGUUUCCCUCGAUUUUCCCGAUGAGCUAUUCAAUCAAUCAUUUUCCUCUUUGACCAGAAUUUCACAGACAAUUUCCAGAUUGAUUAUGAAUUCAGCUCGCCGUUACUCACGUUUCGUAUUGUUCUUCAAACCGAUUUUCGGUGAUGCAUUAGUCGUUAAAGGUUCUGAGGAUCCCACAACUACGACGACGACCACCACCACUACUACAACGACUACCGCCAGUCCUAAUGAUAGUAUUAAUGAAAUUUAA